GUGGGCGGAGCGAUCUCGGGAACAGCAACUGGAAGGGAAAAAACGCUGGGUUUUGCCGGGGCGGCUGCUUUUGAAUCGGCAGGUAAAUUAUUGACCCUGUGGGGAGUCCAGUAUCAUGACCCAGUGGCAGCAAAUCCGGAUGCUGGACAGUGUCCAUCGGGAGCAGGUGCACCGUCUCUACUCAGAUGAUUGCCUGCCAAUGGAAGUGCGGGAAUACCUGGCUUACUGGAUUGAAGAGCAGAACUGGAACCAGGUGGUGCAAUUUAACCGCUCGCAGGCCUACUAUCUUUUGCAAACCAUGCUGACUCUUCUGGAUGACCAGCUGGGACGAUUUGCAUGGCAGGCAGAGAACGAUGUGAACAUGGUGAUUAGACACAACCUACGUCGUUCUAAACUGAGCAUACAGACCAGGUAUCAAGACCACCCAGAGGAGCUUGCCAACAUAAUCGAUGGUUUGUUGAGAGAGGAGAAGGCUAUUUUGUCAGCAGCUGUGGCUACCUCUCCAUCUAGGUUGGAACCCCCACCUGAUGCAGCCUUGAUCACUGGUCAUGAAAACAACAUUGAGGACCGGUUAGUGGAGAUGAGGAGAGCAGUUCAGGGGCUAAAGUCUUCCAUAGAGCAACUUGAGGAUCUGCAGGAGACCUUUCAUUUCCGGUACACUGCAUUCAAGAUACUAGAACGUUCGAUGCCUUCUGACCCGAGUCUCACCAAUAAAUUGAAAGAGGUGCAAGCCAUGAUAAAUAACUUGGACUCUUGCCGCAAGGAUGUGCUGGACCGAAUCCAGACGCUGCUGGGCCGCUCGGACACAUUGAGGGACCUGUUGCUGACGGAAGUAGCUAUGUGGCAAGAUCGUCAACGGCAAGCGUGUAUUGGGGAUGUUUGCGAUACCAGUUUACAACAACUGGAAAGGUGGUGCACGAGAAGUGCUGAGGACCUGUUCCAUUUACUCUGGCUGCUGCAGACUCUGGAGGAGCUGCCUCAAAAGGUGACCUACGUCGGAGACCCCCUGCCAGACCAGUUGCCCCAGUUGAGACAGCGACUGCAAGAGCAAAUUUUCUGCCUUCUAAAAAGUUCUUUUGUGGUGGAGAGUCAACCUAAAAUGCCCUAUCCCAGUCGCCGGCCGCUGGUGCUGAAGACCAACCAGAAGUUUGGUGUUUGUGUCAGGCUCCUGGUGAAGCUGAUGGAUCCAGAGCAUAAGAUGGAGGUGAAGAUAGAGAUAGACAGGGACUCUGCUAAUUUGAAAGGGUUUCGAAGAUUCAACAUCUUGCCAUCAAACACUAAAACCAUGAUGAAGGACAGGCCACAGGUGGAGGGCCUCGUCUGUGACUUCAGUCACAUUAUGCUGAAAGAGCAGAAAUGUUGUGGCUCAGGUAAAGGCAAAGGUAGCAAAGGUGCCAACGAGGGAUCCUUGCCUAUCACAGAGGAGCUGCAUGUCUUCACGUUCACGCUAGAUUAUUGCUACCAAGGUCUUAAGUGCCAGCUGCAGACGUCCACUUUGCCUGUGGUGAUCAUCUCUAAUGCCAACCAGGCAUCCAGUGCCUGGGCUUCCAUCUUGUGGUUCAAUAUGCUUGGGGCCGACCCAAAGAACCAGCUGUUUUUUUCCAGUCCACCAACCACCACCUGGGCCAAGUUGUCAAAAGUGCUCAGCUGGCAAUUCUCAAAUACUACUAAGCGAGGCCUGGAUUUAGAACAGCUAAAAAUGCUCGGAGAAAAAAUCUCUGGGGCGAAGGUAACACCACAGAGCACAAUCACCUGGGCCCAGUUCUGCAAGACUGGAGACAAUUUUUCCUUCUGGACUUGGCUUGAUGAAAUCUUAAAUCUGAUCCAGCAGCACCUGCUGGAACUCUGGAAUAAUAACCUGAUCAUGGGGUUUGUAAGUCGCAAGCGUGAGAAGCAGUUGCUAAAGAAGAAGCAGGCGGGUACCUUCCUGCUGCGGUUCAGCGAGACUACCCGGGGUGGCGGCAUCACCUGUACCUGGGUGGAAUAUGAAGAGGAUGGGACUGCAACAUUGCGCUCAGUCAUGCCCUACACAAGGAAGGAUCUGGAGGAUUUAGCAUUGCCUGACUUCAUUCAUGACUACAAGGUCUGUCCAGAGGAGGACAUCCCUGAACAUCCACUCCAGUUCCUCUACCCUGACACUCCCCGGAAUGAAGCUUUUGGUCCUUACUACAGUGAACGCCGGGAAGGUGACCUGGGGGAACCAAAUAAGUAUUUGAAUCGUCGCCUGAUCAGAAUCUCCUCUAGGCAUCAGGAUGAGCCCAGUGUUCUGGAGGUGGACCCAGAGGAGCCCCGCGUUCUGGGGGUGAAACCAGAGGAGCCCUGCAUUCCAGGAGUGAACCCAGAGGAGCCCCGUGUUCUGAACGUGAAUCCAGAGGAGCCCCGUGUUCAGAGGGUGAACCCAGAGGAGCCCCGCAUUCCAGGGGUGAACCCAGAGGAGCCCCAUGUUCUGAACGUGAAUCCAGAGAAGCCCCGUGUUCAGAGGGUGAACCCAGAGGAGCCCCGCAUUCCAGGGGUGAACCCAGAGGAACCCUGCGUUCCAGGGGUAAUACCAGAGGAACCCCAUGUUCUGGGAAUGAACAAGAUUGACAUGGAUCAGGUCAAUGCCUUAUUUGGAAAUGUUAUGCUGAAUAGGAAUGACCCGUUCCUGCCGGCACCAGGCGAGGAGGAACAGCUAGAGUAUUCUGAGCUCUUUCGGCUACCAGACGAAAUACCUGAGCUGAACUUGGAUGAAUCCGAUUUCUAGUUUACAUGCUUGAUAACUGGCCUUCGUUCAAAAACAUCUCCAUUAGUAAGGAACCGUUAAAACAAAAGCUUCCUACCACUGAGGAUCCAUUUCCAUCCAGCAAAUAAUGUAUUUUCUCAUGUCCAACAAAAAAUAGGGCUGUUCUUGUUAAGCCGUCUUCAGGAGAUUGCUGAAUUGGUUGGGAAAUUGAGCCAGUUCUGCAGUUGCCUUGAAGGUCUGAAUGGGUGGUGUGGGAGAAGCAGGAAUGUAGCAUGCAGUGCUGUCCUGAGCAGAGUUACACUCUUCAAAAUUCAUGGCCUUAGAGGGGUGCAUUUCUUUUUAGGGCUGCAAUGUUGGUCAGCAAAGGACAGCCUAAAUAAAGGGCCUCUGGGAGCAGAGUUUUGGGCAUUUUGAUAUUCCUACUUUUGUAACAGAAAGUAAAGCCAAAAGUUUAAUGAGUAGGGGUUUUUUUUAAGUUACAUUUUACUUAUACUUUACUUAUAUUUUUUUUACUUAUACAUUAGCUCCUAACACUGAAUGAGACCAUUUGGGAUUGUUGGGACUUAAUGGACUACCAUUAAAGGGUUCCUUUUUCUCUAAAAGCCCAGGUUGGCACCAGGCAGGAACUGAAAAAAAGAAUCGUUUUGGGCACCCCAGGGGGGUAGUAGAGCUUGAAAUGUGUAAUUUGGAUGUAGUGAAAGACAACAAAAAAUAGCUUUGGAGGUACCUGAGAAUGAAGAAUUUCCUAACUGGCAGGAUCAGAUUUUUGGGAUCUUGAGGUGUUGAAUCUAUACCAUUAGAGAUUGUGAUCUUACUGCUCUUGACUAUCCAUGCUUACUUGCUUAUUGUUUGCCUGCUCAACCUGCAAAUAUUUGCAAAUUAAAAUUGUGUUACAAAA